GAGGCGGUAAGAUCGUUCGUUCUGGCGGCGGGUGUUUGUAGUUUUGUAUAUUUGGCGACCGGCGCAAAAAAAGUAUAGAACGCAAAUAUCGGUCGGUUGCGAUCGCGCGCGCGGCUUUCUGCUUCGCUUUCGAACGCGCAAAAUCAGUCGUGCGUUACUUGGAUUGUUUCCAGUGUUUUAAAAGCGCCACGGUUGCUUUGUGUUCUGAUAGGCGCGCUUAGGUAACGAUGUGUUUGUAUUUAUGUUACCGAAGAGAAGAACGUGACAAUUUUCCCCUCUGUCGAAGGUGAAAUUUGAAAACGAAGGCAACUUUUACAACCGACCGCCGGCGCGGGAAAAUCUAAAAGCUUCAUAGAAAACACCGGCAACCCACCAUCGGAAUGAAUGCUAUUCUCUGCCAGAAUCGGCUCAGAAAAAAUACCGAAGCCCAUUUAGUGUAAACUGAACCUGAAGCUAUAAGCAAUGCAUCGUGAAACCACAAGAAGAAACAGAGCGAAGUCAGCUUUCAGUGAUCAUCCGAACCCAGUAUCUUUAGUGCAUGCAGUGAGUGAGUGAAUGAGUGCAAACCCGCUGGUGCAAAGGCCAAUCUAGUUUCGCCUUCUCCGCCGCGUAAAAAUGCGAUGAAGAAAUUCAUCACCACCAAAUUGCACGCGGUUGUUUCGGUUUCGGUUCAAGAGCAAACCGUGGAAGUGGAAAACGACAUCCAAGAAGAAGAAGUGAAGCAAGAAGCAGAAAAAGAAGAAACCGUGAAAAACUCCGCCGAUGGUGCUAGUGGUGGCAUUGUGGGUUUGAAAUCGUCAUCAUUAUCGUCAUCGGUCAUGACAUUGAAUUCACCCACCAGUAAGCACCAGGGAAGCCUGAAGAGUAGCAUUAGUGGCGGCGGCGGUGGCAGCAACAAUAGUAAUAACAGCAUUACAACCGGAAUGAUGACAGUGGAGGUUCCGCCUGGUGGUUCCCCUCAAUUGGCAAAACCGCCACCCGUUCAGCAGCAUGGCAUCAUAAGCACGACUUCUACAGUGGUGGGACAACAGAUCGGCGGAAGUUCAACGACAACGACGUCAUCAGCUGCGCAAGUCAAGAUGAGCGGUUAUCUCAAGAAGAAAAGAAAUAAAAUGGGCGGCUGGCGGAAGAUGUACUUCAUCCUGCAGAACCAACUGCUGCUCUCCUACUCAUCGAAAGACGACUACGAGAAGAAGCUCGCCCCCUUCAAGGACAUCAUCAACCUGGUGCCGGGGACGGUCAUUAUUCCGACCACCGGACCCCGCUUCACGAUCGAAACCAACUCCAAGGUGCUGUACACGUUUCGCUGUGACGAUCAUAAGAGCUGUUCCGAGUGGAUUACGGCACUGCUAGACAGCCUCAAGGGCGAAGGCAGUGGCGAGAAGAAGUUCAGCCAUCAUCACGCCUUGCACGGCCCCAGAAGCGGCGGCAACCUGCAGCACCAUCUGACCCGUCGCUCGCUGUCCUCCCUGUCGUCGUCCUCCUCCUCAACCUCCUCCACGUCCACCUCGGCGGCCUAUGCCACCGAUGACCCGUCCAAGAUGGCCAUUACCUCGAUCAGGCGGCUGCAGCACACCGGCCAGCUUCUACAGCAGCGUGCUAAACAGUCCCCGGCUAAGCAGACCUCGCUUUCGGCGCCGAACUUGUUCUACGGAUUCGGUAGCUCGAAUGCAAUUGGGGUAAAGGCGGUCACCAGUGCCAUCGUCAGCAACAGCAAUGUGAAAAUGGGCAAAUUGGUGCAGCUGCCCAUCGCCGGAGGAACGGCCAGGCUGCUGGAGAGGGGGGGUGGCGGUGGUACUGGAAGUGGCGGCGGGCAGAAGAUGUACAAAAUUCUGACCAUCAACGAGGACGAAGAUGAUGGGGAAAACGAUGAAAAGCCAGUCGCAGCCGCCGCAGCCUUAGCAUCAAACCCAUCAUCAGCACGUGGCAACGGUAGCACGAGAGGCCGAGGGGACCCUUCAUCGUCGGGGAUCAAAGCGACGACCGCUCCCGACCCUCCUCACUCCCCGACCUCAGCAGAAUCUAUGGAAAACAACUCAGUGAAAAGCAGAUCAACGACAACGGUUAACUCUGGUGAAACCACGAAGGAGCGAUUAACCAAGGAAGCGGGAAAGGCGCGGGACGACGAGCUGUUCAACAGCAACUUCCGACUGCACACCAAUCUGGCCAGAAUGCAUCAGUCCGUUGAGGUGUGUCGGAUCAACAGUAUGUUCGGAGGCGGGAAGAAGCUCACGUCGUCGUCCUCGUCAGUUGUAUCGGGAAAACGUUUGAAUAAUCACGGAGUGGACGGUAAAAGUGCAAGUAGUGAUAGCAGCAACAGUUUAGCGGCCAGUACCGGUGAUCUGCGGUCCCCCAACAACAAGACCACAAUCAGCCGCGGGAACAACAACAACGACGUAAUCCGCAAUAAUUUGCGGGGAACGCCCGGAGGCAGUGCCACAGAUUUGCGGAGGAAACCACCGCCGCCGGAUUUGCUGCUGGCCCAUUCGAUGGCGGCGGCGAUGAUGGAACCGAAACCGCUCAAAGACAUCAACCACAACAAUUUGGCCAAAUGGAGCGCCGAAAGCAUCACAAUCGAGCUAACGGCGAAUGGCUACAACCUUACCGGCACCGGCAUCAAAAGCGUCGGCUCUACGGAUACUCUGUACCAGCGGAUAAAUGGUAUCUCAACGACCGGCUCGGAGUCCAUUGUGCCCCGGAGUCGCAGCCGAAGCAACAGCCACAGCAGUAACCUUCAGCCAUCAUCGGCGUCUUCCCCUGAGUCUAGUCAGCAGAAAUCACACGGGUUCAGCAGUAAGGUCGAUCUGUUAAGAACGUUGUCUACGCCGCAACCUGUUGAUCAACGAACCGCUUCUUCCAAGAAGAUUGACCAAGGAAUCGGAAAUGGUGCCACGCAGGGGGGAUCUUCCCCAAUGGUAGAACCCAUCUACGCGGUGGUAGAUUUGAAAGUGAAGAAAGCUCGACGCCUGAACCAGCUCAGGGAGCACGAUUCGUUGGGAUCAGUUGAAGAUGGGACGGAGGACGAACACAGUAUCAAGGUAGAUAUGGUCCGAGAUCAGGAGACGGGUCGGCUUAAGGAGAAAUCUCGGAGUACCAAUUUACUGCCGAUUGGGGGAAGUGGCUUCGGUGGAAGUAACGAUUACGAAGAGCUUAACGAACUGAUCGCGGAGAGCUUCAUCAACUUUGGGGACGACCCGGAGGACUCCAACGAUGGUGAAAAUAUCUAUGAACCGAUCAACAUUCCGGAAGGUCCCCUGACGUCAUCAUCUACCUCUCUUCCCUCGAGUCAACCGACGUCAAGCUCAUCCCAAAUGAACAACCUGUGGCACAACCUGAAGAAAAUGAACCUCAAUCACCUGUUCAAACAAUCCAGCUUACCGGAGAAACCAAACCAAAGAUCGGCCCUCGAUGACGACCUCACCGCCAAAGCGUCCACGUUUAGCGAGUUCAGCAAAAAGUUCGGCCACCACCGACGAUCGAUCAAGAACAAAAUGCGAGGUCUAUACGAUCGUGGCCAAUCGGUGGAAGCCCCCCUGACAAAAGUCGGAUCCCAAGCGGACGAGAAGCAAUCUCAGCAGCAGCUCCGCGUCACAAAGGUGGCCUCGGAGAGCCGACAGCACAUGUUCAGCAGUACCUUCGGCCGAAACAAGAAAUCCCGGAAGUCGCUGUCGUUCGAUGAUUUCAUACCGCGCAAGAAGCACCAUCAGCACCACCUGAACGGAGUGGGGGUCAUCUGCAAGUCGGACAAGACCAACAACGAAAAGCUGCACAAGGAGCUGAAGCGGCAGCUGUCGAAGCGAUCGAACAGUAGCAGCGGUGGCGAAGGUAGCUUCCACGAUGGGAAGAACGGCGGGAUCGAGUUGUAAACCUGACAGACAAUCUCUGUUUUUUAAGUGUUUUUAUUAUUAUUAUCGAUGUUAAAAUUGUAAGUCACAAUGUUUUAAACGCUAGUAAUAAAACCAAAUGUCUCGUGUUGAUUAUGGUAGGAACAAG